CAUCAUUAACCCCCGCGCUUUAUUAAUGCAUCACUUUAGUGCAUCAGCUACGUAUGUCAGGAUUUCAUAAUAUCAAUCCGCCAGGUCGUGACCCCCCCACUACCACCAUCUUUAAAAAAAUCUUUCACCACAUAAUUUUAGGUAAACGUUUUAAUUAUUAUUUUAGACUGUUAGUCGUACGUGUUCCGGACAAAACUUGUGCAUAAAAUCAAUCCGCGUAGGAAAAUCUAUCCUUUUAAUGUGUCUGUUGUCAUGGUAACCACUAAGCGUCAAAAUAUGGCGUCUCUGCUGAGUGAGACGCUGUUUGAAACCGCUGGACAAGGCCCUCCUCCCUCUAAAGACUUCUACCAGUUUAUUAUCACACAAAACGAGGUGAUAUGGAGGUGGUGGAAGAUUUCCGUUCGGUCUGAGUUCAGAGGAGCCCCACCUGGAGAGAUCAAACACCUCCACUGUGACUUUCUGAAUGAUGCACAGCUGCAGGAGCAGCUAGCUGCAGUGUUUGGCACCAGGAUCCUGGACUACAGUUUGGCUCUGUGUCGAGGGCAUGUUGACUAUCUGGAACGUUUACCUGACAAGCUGCUCCUUAAAAUCCUUUCCUACAUGCCCUUGCAGGACACUGGCCGCCUCAGCCAAACCUCAAGCAGGUUUAGGAAGCUGUGUAACUCGGAGGAGAUCUGGAGGCAGGCUGUGAGGGAUCACUGUGAUAUGAUAACUGAAGACAUGGAGAUGCUUGCCAAUGUCAUGGGAUGGAAGAACAUCUUCUUUAAGUUUUACUAUAAUAAAGAACAUGACGGCACGGCCUGAAGAAGAUAAAGCCAAUACUGAAUCGCCAUGAGCUAAUAAAACAACUCUUAGUCAACAAAAAAGACAAUCAUAUGAUCUUAAAGUGUUAAUUAAUUAAUCUAACUUUUUUUUGCAGGUAUUGAUAAAAAAAAAGGCUUUAAAUUGUUUUGUUUUUUAAGCUCAGCUUUACUAUGCCCGCCAAAGUAUUAAAUACUCAAUUAUUAAUUUUAUAUUUUUAAUAUAUGUAAUCCAUAAUUAUUCAUGUAUUAGGUGUAGUCACUAUUUCUGUCACCCGACACCGCUAUGUUUUAAUCGCACGUCUGUCAUCUAGUGGUGACUGCUUGCGUCUUUUCAUUAACUGCUACGUGGAAAGUGACCAGCAGAUGGCGCGAGUUAAUAAAGUGAGUGAAUGUGAAAAACCAUUGAAACGGGAUUCACUCUACAGAUGGUUAAAAUAAAGUGCACAGUAAAUAAAUCACUCAGUAAUAUGAGCCUUGCUUUUUAAGUGUAAGUGGUUUUAGAAUGAGUCAGAAUCUUUUUUAGACGACCUAUUUAAGGAAAAAUGCCCUGUUUAGUUUAAAAACAUACAAGAUACAAAGGAAGUCCAUUGGACUCACAUUAGGGAUGUCAAACUCAGUUCCUGGAGGGCCACAAACCUGCAGAGUUUACCUCCAACCCUUAUUAAAUAAACACACCUGAUCCAGCUCAUCACGUCUUUCAGGCUUGUUUGAAAAAUACAUGGUUUGUGUGUUGGAACAGGGCUGCAGGCCUCUAGGAACUGAGUUUGACACCCUUGCAUUAACCCAUUGUUGUCACUCCAUAAGGCAUAAACCAUCGCAAUCUGGGUCUGUAUUGACAAAACAUUUUAUCUUACCAGUAAGAGUUCUCCUAAAUAACAGUAAAAGUUUAUAGCCAAGAGUUUUUUUCUUAAAACCUAUUCACAAAGUUGCCGAGACAAACUUUUACUAAGGAAUAUACAGAGAUCUUAAGCUAAGAGUAAGGGCGGAGUUGACCUCGUUGUAAUGGACGAUGUCAGCACGCUUACUAACUAUGCACACAGUGAUUGGCUGAUCAGAGAUUUAUUCAUAGAAAUAUUCCAGAGCACAAUAUUAUGUCACCAUAUUCAAAUAAAGGUUUUA